UACGCGUGUCUUACCACAACACCAUCAAGAACGUCCGGAGGUCGCAUUGCGCGAGAUCCUCUACGAAAAUGCCAAGUCUCAACGAUCUACCGGCAGAGAUCAUUUACGCGAUCUUGCCCUACACUGAACCCGACUUGAACCCCGCACUCUCCAUCUACCCUCUCAACGCGCUCGCGGCAACAAGCAGAAGACUCCGCGACAUAGUCGAGGAACACGCGCGCAGGCAGCUCAAAAAGCACCGCAACAUCAUCCCACCGGUAAAGUCAAGAAAAGCCUGUCGCCGAAGAUGGUUAGGUGAACUAUGUGCUUUCUGCAAGAAGAACAGCAAGCGACGAGCAUGCUUUCACCCAGCUCUUAUAUGCUGCACUGACUGUGACAGGGAACAGUUUGAGAAAAUGACAAUGACAGAAGCGUUGAGGACAACAGGACUCUCCAAACAAGACCUCUUCACUCCAUCCGAACUACACCCAAAUCUUCCUCCGCUAAGGACUGGGCUCUACCCUAUAUAUGGCGGUACGGCGACUAUGCUGUCUACGCCCGACGUGCUCGCGCGCAAAGCAUAUAUAAAGUCGCUCCCUAGGCGUAGAAACAAACGACCCGCGACAGGCGUGCCUCCGGGCUUAGAGAAGCGUGCCCGACAGACAUGAGAGGGGGAACUAAAUAAUUUGCCAUUGAGGUCGAUCGAGGUGAGGCAGAGCGGGCUUGAGAAAUAUUGUCAAAAUAGCAGAAGAGACAGUACUCAGUUGGAGCUUAGGUUUAGGGAGAGAAAGACAAUGCGCUGUGUGUUUGUCUGCACAUGGGCGUUCUGAGCGGCUAGGUUGCGAUAAUCUAUAGCAGUUUUGCAAAAUCUCAAAUAGGAAUCCACAAUACAUGUUCAA